AUGUCCUCCGCACGGGCUAACCCGAGUUCCUCGAGCUCGCCUCCGCCGCCCGACCUCCCUGACGGCCCGGUCCCUCACCCCUACUCUGAGACAGAUGAUGCCGCACCUCUCGGGUCCGCCGACGCCGUAGACCUUGCGGUUGCCUCCAAAUCUCUCCUCGACCCUAUCAAGGACGCCAGGCAGAUCGUAAGGCUCAUCCAAUGCCAAAUAUGCUCCGGUAUCCUGAAGGAGCCGACGACCCUGCCGUGCGGUCAUAGUCUCUGCAAGCGCUGCGUGCCCCGGACGCAUGUCAGGGCCAAUAUCUCGUGGCCCGGGACGGCGAACCGACUCCACGGCUUCGAAUGUCCGUUCGAAGACUGCAAGAAGGAGCAUGCCGUCGGCGACUGCGCCGUCGACGUCACCUUGAACAAGGUGUUGUCCGUCAUCGAGGCGAGCAUCAAGCUGGACCGGGACGCGGCAGAGCUCGCCGAGGCUGCCGCGAGGAUCUCUGUGCACGACGGUUGGGAUGUCGCCGGCGUCCCUUCGCUCGCGGGGAAGGCCGACGAAUCUAUGGUGCUGAAAGGGGGCCGCAUCGUCGCGACCCACUCGCUAGCCAGGCUCAGCAUGCUAGGUUACGAGUGCGAGGUGUCGUAUUCGUUUAUCGAGACCAGGACCAACGACGAAGUCGACGAGGUGGAUAGCGCCGUGCUGGGUCGGCUGAAGGAGGCGGCGAGGACGGAGAUGGACUGCCAAGUCUGCUACGCACUGUUUAUGGAUCCCCUGACGACCGCCUGCGGCCAUACGUUCUGUCGGGGCUGCGUCCAUCGCAUCCUGGAUCACUCGGACUUGUGCCCCAUCUGCAGACGCCCGUUGUCCAUACAGGCCCAAGUUAACCGGCGGUCCUAUCCUCCCAACGAGAGGCUCUGCAAGAUGAUCACCGGCUUCUGGGCCGACCUCGCCGCCCUCCGCUCGCGCGCGUACAAGCUCGAGCAGCAGGCGAACCACGGCGGGUUCGACAUCCCCAUCUUCGUCUGCACGCUCUCCUUCCCGCGCAUGCCCACCUUCCUCCACGUUUUCGAGCCGCGGUACCGCCUGAUGAUCCGGCGGGCGAUGGAGGGCGACAAGACGUUCGGGAUGGUGCUCCACAAGAUGCCUCGCGCGCCCGGCGAGCCCGAAUUCAACGAGUUCGGGACGCUACUCCGGAUCGUCAACAUCGAAUUCUUCUCGGACGGGCGGAGCGUCCUGGAGACCGUCGGCGUUUCCCGAUUUAGGGUCACCGGGCACGGGUGGCUGGACGGCUACCUCGUCGGCAACAUCGAGAAAGUCGACGACAUCGGUGUAGCGGAGGAGGAGGCUAUCGAAGCGUCGGAGACGACGCGCGCUCGCGGCACCCGGAGCCCGCCGGCGCCGCAAGAUGAUGACCCCGCAGGUGCCGAGCCAGAGGAUACGCAGCGUGCUAACUCGCCGCCGUCAUCUACGUCAUCGGACGACUUGGAGACGCUGUCGACGCGGGAGCUGGUCGAAGUGGGGGUCAAUUUCGUGAGGAGGAUGCGGGCGAAGAGCGUCAACUGGCUGACGGCGAGGGUGCUGGCCAUCUACGGCGAGUGCCCGACGGACCCGUCGAUCUUCCCCUGGUGGCUCGCUAGCAUCCUGCCGGUGCGGGACGAGGAGAAGUACCGGCUGCUCGGCACGUCGAGCGUCCCGACGCCGGAGCGGUGCUACGUCGACUUCUGCCUCGUCCCCGUCGGCACGGCCCACGUCUCGGUCGCGGAGGAGGUCGCCGUCGUCCAGCGCCUGCUCCGCGCCAGCGGGCUCGCCCACACCAUGCACUCGGCCGGCACCACCGUCGAGGGGUCGUGGGACAGCGUGAUGCGCGUCAUCGGCCAGGCGCACAGCCUCGUCCAUGCGAAGGGCGUCGUCCGCAUACAGACCUCGAUGCGUGUUGGCACCAGGACCGACAAGAAGCAGACGGCCCAGGACAAGGUCAAGAGGGUCGAGGACAUCCUAGCCGCGAGUUCUGAUUCGUAG